UACAAGAAGACGCGUGUGCAGUUAGCUUAGCUUAGCUUCGCUUGUUAUCAAAGUUAACAAGAGGAAGUAACAAGAGGAAAUAACUCUGUAACCGACACAAAGCGAAAUAAAGUAAAGGUUGGUGAGAAUAAACACACAGUAAAGUGCUUCAGUGGUAAUACAGUCAUUGUUGACGAUGGACGCAACAGUCAAACCUGUAAGGAUUCCACCUGAAAUUGCUACGUAUGCAGAGAAGCAUGAAAUAUUUGAGCUGAUCCAGACUCUGGUGAAAAACCUCGUCAUAGACAAGCCGGCAGAUCCCAUACAGUACCUGAUAACAAUACUAAAAAGUGAUAGCGUGGAUGUACCAAAAGUUGUGCUGUUGGGUCCACCAGCUUCCGGGAAAAGUACUGUGGCUAAAAAGCUGUGUGAGCACAUUGGUGCUAUACAUAUAACCUCUAGCAACAUCCUGAAGAAUGACACUGACCUGACCAGAGCUGCACUGCAAUACAGAGACAAGAAUCAGGUGAUUCCAAAAGAUCUUUGGAUCAAGUUGAUUCAGCAGCGUCUUUCCAGACCAGACUGCAUCAGACUGGGCUGGGUUUUAGAUUCUAUUCCCAAAACACGGGAAGAGGCUCUGUGUCUACAGGAGGUGGGCAUUGCUCCCGAGCAUGCUGUGAUUCUGCAAGCCACUGAUGCUGUCCUGAUUGAGCGAAGUCUUGGCAAGAGGAUAGACCCUGUCACAGGAGAUGUCUACCACAUGACAUUUAUGUGGCCUGAGAGUGCAGAGGUGGCUCAGCGUCUCCAAAGGCCACAGCACCUGAUGACAGAAAAUGAAAUAACCCGUCAGUUGCAGACAUAUCAUCGAGACAUCCAUGCUCUACAGCACACUUACAACAGUUUUCUAAAGAUCAUUAAUGCUGACCAGCCCCACGUAGAUGUGUUUAACCAAGUGUUAAGUUAUGUUCUGUCCAGGCAUCGCUCUGCAGCACCUUCCACUCCCAGAAUCCUUCUGCUUGGACCACCAGGAUCUGGAAAAAGUCUGCAGGCCGGAUUGAUUUCCCAGAAAUACAACGUAGUCAACAUUUGUUGUGGUGAACUUCUAAAGGCAGUGGCAGCGGACGAGUCUAGUAUGGGAGAGCUCAUUAAACCCUUCCUGGAGUCAGGACAGCAAGUGCCGGAUAAUAUGGUACUGCGGGUCCUUACUGAGAGACUUAGCAGGCUGGACUGUACAACACAUGGUUGGGUCCUGCAUGGCUUUCCCCGAGACCUGGAGCAGGCCGAAGGGCUGCAAGAGUCCAAUUUCAGCCCCAGCAGGGUUUUCUUUUUGGAGAUGAGUGAUGAAGUGGCUCUUGAGCGGCUCACUCUCAGAUCUGUUGAUCCAGUGACUGGAGAGAGGUAUCACUCACUCUACAAGCCUGCCCCAAGUGCGAAGGUGCAAGCUCGCCUACAGUAUAACCCACAAGACUUUGAGUAUAAAAUCCAGAAAAAGCUGAAGGAGUACAGGAGCCACGUAUCUGCCCUCCAGGCCUUCUACCCUCAGGCUGUGUGGGUCAGUGCUGAUCAGGUUCCCCACACAGUGUUCGAGUGCCUGGAGAGCAGGCUGGUGGGCCGCCCUCCCAAAGUCCUGCCUGAAUUAAACAUCCAAGCUCUCUCUAGCUCCUCUGGUCAGUAAUCACUACUGGCUUGUUGACCCAAGCUGAUCACAGGGGAGUUCAGCGGACCUGCUAAUUAUACACAUGUUUAAUUAAUGUUGCAAUAAAACACAGCCUGUCCGGG